AAUACGAGACCCAAAAUGCCAUCUACUAUUGGACAGCAGAAGAAAGCGAUUUUGACCAAUAGGACGGUGACAUUUCGUGGCUCCACAAAAUCUGUAAGAACUUCAACAGUAGUUGAAUAUCUUAUUUCUAAACCUUUAAGUAUGUCUGGACGCGGCAAGCAGGGCGGCAAGGCUCGCGCCAAGGCCAAGACCCGCUCCUCCCGCGCCGGCCUGCAGUUCCCCGUGGGCCGCGUGCACCGGCUGCUCCGCAAGGGCAACUACUCGGAGCGCGUGGGCGCCGGCGCCCCGGUGUACCUGGCGGCCGUGCUGGAGUACCUGACGGCCGAGAUCCUGGAGCUGGCGGGCAACGCGGCCCGCGACAACAAGAAGACGCGCAUCAUCCCGCGCCACCUGCAGCUGGCCAUCCGCAACGACGAGGAGCUCAACAAGCUGCUGGGCCGCGUCACCAUCGCGCAGGGCGGCGUCCUGCCCAACAUCCAGGCCGUGCUGCUGCCCAAGAAGACCGAGAGCCACCACAAGGCCAAGGGGAAGUGAGACCCUUUGUACAAAACGUCCUACAAGUCACCAAAGGCUCUUUUCAGAGCCAUCCACCUUUUCACAAGAUCAGCUGGU